CAGGACAAUCGGCCACUGUGCUGACCGCGAUUCUUCAGUAACCACCGAGUGCGCGCAUCUAUAUGUGUUCUGCUGCAAAAUUCGAUCCCUUUCCUCGGUUCGAGAAAGUUUUCUCUUUCGUGUAAUCGGAAUAAUAUAAGUACGUGGCCACGACUCCAUGAUCGCAUAGAGAGCAGGCUGUUGUCGUAGCAUAAGAGAGUGACGAUUAUUAAAAAUUGUGCGAUAGGAUCUCGUUGUGAAAAAGCAUAGCUAUAACUGAAUCAGCAAAGCAAUGUGUGUCUGCCCACAGGAGAUGGAACAUCCGAUCGUAGCAGCUGGGGUGAACGCAACCGGAGAAUUUGACGCGUCUUCGGGAUCGGCAUCGUCCACCACGACGAUGGUCACCACCGCCGCUGUCCAGGUAGCCUCGACGAUCGGACCACACUUUGCCCGCCAGGUCAUGCGGGGUUUCGGUAAUCUGACCGUAGUCGACAAAGUGCCUCCGGAGAUGCUUCAUCUCGUCGGUCCCCAUUGGUACCAGUUCCCGCCGCUUUGGCCGAUCUGGCACAAACUUUUGGGCGUCGUUAUGAUUUUCAUCGGCGUACUCGGCUGGUGUGGUAACGGAAUGGUGGUUUACAUAUUUUUAGUGACGCCAAGUCUGAGGACACCGAGCAAUUUGCUCGUGAUAAACUUGGCCUUCUCGGAUUUCGUGAUGAUGAUCAUAAUGUCACCGCCGAUGGUUGUCAACUGUUGGUACGAGACCUGGGUUCUAGGUCCUUUAAUGUGCGACAUUUACGCGCUGAUCGGCUCGUUGUGCGGCGGCGCCUCGAUCUGGACGAUGACGGCCAUAGCCUACGAUCGGUACAAUGUCAUUGUCAAAGGAAUGUCGGGAACACCUCUGACGAUACCCCGAGCACUCGUGCAGAUAGUACUCAUUUGGACGCACGGGCUGAUCUGGGCGAUGUUACCCUUAUUCGGAUGGAACAGAUACGUACCCGAAGGCAACAUGACGUCCUGCGGUACCGACUACGUGUCGGACGACUGGCUGGGAAAAUCCUACAUAUUGGUCUAUUCCAUUUUCGUUUACUACACGCCGCUGUUCUCCAUAAUCUUGUGCUACUGGCAUAUCGUUUCGGCUGUUGCCGCUCACGAAAGGGGUAUGCGAGAACAAGCCAAGAAGAUGAACGUCGCCUCCUUGCGAUCUGGGGAUCAAAGUGGAGAGAGCGCCGAGGUGAAACUGGCAAAGGUUGCUGUAACUACGAUCUCGCUCUGGUUCCUGGCGUGGACGCCGUAUCUGGUGACCAACUACAUGGGUAUCUUUGCCAAGCAGCACGUCAGUCCCCUCUUUACGAUCUGGGCGUCUCUAUUUGCGAAAACUAAUGCUUGCUACAAUCCGAUCGUCUACGCGUUCAGUCGAACCUUUUUCUUCCAGUCAUCCGAAAUACAGAGCUGGACUCAAGGUGAAAUGCCCCUGUCUGGUAUUCGGGGAUACGGAGGACAAGCCGAAACCUGCCGCUGCGACUCCAGCAGCCGACGCGGCAUCGACGCAUAGCAAGGCGUGAACAAAGAUUAUAUCUACAUUGUACGCUUGAUUCUAAUUCAUUCCAUUUCUUUGUAUACCAAAGCCAUAUUUUUUUAUAUUACACGCGAUUCCAUUGAAAAUGCUAUGGUAAUUUAUAUUUUCGUUACGAGAUAACCGCGCCUCAAGCCUAUGCCCAUACAAGUGUACCUUGCAUUGUGCUAAUAAUUUUUUACCAUAUUCAUUCGCAAUGAGCUAAUAAUAAAUCUGACGAUAGACUUGGAAGAGGAAAA